ACACCCCAAACCCGAUACGUGGCGUCAAACGGGUAUACGGGAUCCGAAGCUCCGGAGCCAGACGAGACGACGAGAGGAGGAAGAAGAAGAUGAAGGUCCGCUCGUCGGUGAAGCGGUUGUGCGGCUUCUGCAAGGUGGUCAAGCGCCGGGGCAUCGUCUUCAUCCAGUGCACCUCCAACAAGAAGCACAAGCAGCGCCAGGGCUUCUCCACCCUCGCCGCCUGCCUCCCCCCUCCCCCGCCGCCGCCGCCAACAGGCACCUCCGCCUCCGCCAUCGCGUUCGCCGCCGCCGCUGAGGCCCCUAAGGUGGCCAAGCCGGAUUUGUCAAUGAAGUUUAACUGGCCGCUGGGUUUAGCCGCCUUGCUCAAGAAUGGUGAUAAAUAAUGUAUCCGCUCCAUUGUUGACAUUUUCUUAAUCAGAUAAUGAAGGCUAGAUAGUUGGUAUUUUUAUAUGAAGUGGAUUUUUGAGUUGAAGAAUUCCUGUACCAACAGAUCAUGCCAUCAUGUAUGCAAUAUCAUUAGUUAAACUGGUCUGGUGGUAGAAAUAAUACCGGCAUAAAGUGUACUUUGUUGUCUUGAAAUGUUUGAUUCCAAGAGAGCUGCUACUGUGAACUCUGCUAACCAUCUUGUUGAUUCGUUCA